AUGGCUUAUGCUGCUCUUUCUUCACUUCUGUAUACAUUGGAACAACUAUUCAAACCUAAUCAAUCUUUCGUUUGUCGAAGCUACACGCAACAUGUUCAAUCUCUCUAUCAAAAUCUUUCUGCUCUGCAAGAUCUCCUUGACGAUACUACAAAGGAUAUUGAAACUCUUAAGGUUAUAGAAAAGAGGAUCAGAAAUGUAGUAUACAAAGCGGAAUAUAAAGUUGAUUUAUGGCUACGAAGGAUCAUUCUAGCAGAUCGUGAGGACAAGCGGGAAAAGGCUUAUACAUCCUUUUAUGAAGAAUUGUUGAAAGUGAAAGGACAAGUUUAUUUUCUCCACAAAGAGGUGAUGCAGAUUAAUGUUAAAAAGCAUGGAAGCAAAUCUGCAGAAUCAGCAACAACUACCUACUCACCAGAAAAAAGUACAAUUGAGGGAAAUACUAUUUUUGGGAUGGAGGAUGACUUCAACAUCAUACUUGAUCGCGUCACUGCCCAAACAGACGAGUUAACUGUCAUACCAAUUUUUGGUAUGGGCGGUAUCGGUAAGACAACUCUUGCCAGAAAAGUUUAUGAUGAUUCAUCUAUUUGUUCUCGAUUUGAUAAACAUGCAUGGGUCACUAUCUCCCAAGAAUACAAUCAGAGACAAAUGCUUCUUGAAGUUGCAUCUUCAAUUACCGGAAGCAAUCAAGAAAUGAGCGACGAUGAACUAAUGGAGAUUGUGUAUAGAGGUCUGAAGGGUAGGAGAUUCCUAAUUGUCAUAGAUGAUAUUUGGAGUACUGAGGCAUGGGACCAAAUGCAAAGAAUAUUUCCAAAUGAUGACAAUAAAAGCCGAAUUCUAUUAACCACUCGGCUCAAGUAUGUUGCUGAUUAUGUCAACUGCCUUGAUUUUCCACCUCAUAGUAAGUCCUUUCUAAGUCUAGAUGAUAGUUGGAAUCUAUUCACCGAAAAAUUAUUCAAAAAUGAUCACUGUCCUCCUCUUCUAGAAGAAAUAGGGAAGCAUAUUGUACAACAAUGUCAAGGAUUACCUCUCUCAGUGGCUGUCGUUGCUGGACUUCUUGGGAAAAUGGACCCAACACAGGAUAAUUGGAAGAAGGUUGAGGAAAAUCUGAACUCAUUCUUUGGUACGGUGUCUGAACGGUGCCAAUCAAUUCUUUCUCUGAGCUGCAAUUACUUGCCCCAAUAUUUGAAGGCUUGUUUUCUCUAUGUUGGAGGUUUUCCAGAAGACACAGAGAUUAAUGUUUCCAAGUUGAUUAGGCUAUGGAUUGCUGAGCAUUUCGUAAAGGCAAGAAAGGAUAAAAGAUUAGAAGUGGUGGCAAAGGAGUAUCUACAAGAGUUAAUUGAUAGAAGUCUGAUUUUGACUGGUAGACAAAGGGCUAAUGGAAGGAUGAGAACUUGCAAAAUUCAUGAUCUUCUUCGCCAAAUGUGCCUAAGUGAAACUCAUACUGAAAAUGUUGUGCAUGUCAUGAAUGGGAAUGUCCUUGUGUCCUUAUUAAAAGUAAUAGAUGAUCAGCGGCGAGUGAUAGGUCUGUGUAAACAUAAAGAGAAGCAAGUUUAUCCUACAAUGCAUAGCAAUUGUAUAACAAGUAUAGCUCGUACCUUUAUUUCAAUGCCAUUUUUUUACCACCCCGGUUUUCCAGAAAGGAUUUGUUCCAUUGUUUCAGAAUUCAAGUUGCUUAAGGUGUUGGACGUAUUAUCAGUUUGGUACGAUUUCUCUAGUGUAAUACCUGAGCUUGUACAUUUGAGAUAUGUUGCUGCAAGAAUUGAGAAAGCUGUUUCACUAGACAAAUUGAGAAAUCUACAGACCAUAAUUCUUCCAACAGAAAUCAUUAUCAACAGACCAAGAGAGUUGGAGCAGCCAGUAGAUAUCUGGACAAUGUCAGAGCUAAGAUAUUUGGCUAUCAGAUCGCCACUAUAUAUAUCUAAUCCUCUUGAGGCAGAAAAUGAUAGUAUUGGAGAGCAACCUUUGUUUCUCAAUAACUUGCAAAAGCUAAUACUAUAUAAGUCUCCUUUUAUAGCGGAAAUCAUAAGAAGAACUCCGAAUCUAAAAAAGCUGAAUCUUUUUGAUGAUUCUGAGCAUUCUGAGUGGCCUGCAAUUCUUGAUUCUCUAAUUCUUUUAGAGGAGCUGGAGACGCUACUCAUAUCGCUGGAGAGCAUUGACCUGAACAUUUUCUCUGGAGAUAUUUUGCCUUGUAAAAUCAAGAAAAUGACGUUAAGUUCUAAUAUCAAGAAAUUGAUAUUAGAAGGUACUUAUAUACCAUGGGAAGUGGUGAAUUUGCUGGCUAAUUUACCCAAUCUUGAGGUGCUCAAAGGGUAUCGUGCAUUCGCUGGAACAGAUUGGAAAGUAGAUAAAGAUGUUAUGUUUCACAAAUUAAAAUAUCUACAAAUUGGUGGCAAAGGUCUGGUAAGGUGGGAAUUAGCAGAUGGUAGUGAUAAUUUUCCAAUGCUUGAGCAACUAUUACUGCAUGGGUUGGAUGAAUUGGAGGAGAUUCCUGAGAGUGUCGGAGAUAUAAUGACACUAAAAUUCAUCCAAAUAAACUAUUGCAGCUCUAGUGUAGUAAAUAGUGCAAAGAGAAUUCAACAAGAGCAAGAUAGCUUGGGAAAUUAUGAGCUUCAACUUCAAAUUACUCCAAAGCGGCGAGUGAUAGGUCUGUGUAACCAUGAAGAGAAGCAAGUUUAUCCUCCAAUGCAUAGCAAUUGUACAGCAAAAAGGAUUUGUUCCAUUGUUUCAGAGUUCAAGCUACUUAAGGUGUUGGACGUAUUAACAGUUUGGUACGAUUUCUCUGGUGUAAUACCUCAACUUGUACAUUUGAAAUAUGUUGCUGCAAAAAUUAAGGGAAGUCUUUCACUAGCCAAAUUAAGAAAUCUACAGACCAUAAUUCUUCGAACUCUUGAAAGGAAAGAGUUGGAGCAGCCAGUAGAUAUCUGGAGAAUGUCAGAGCUAAGACAUUUGGAUAUCAGAUCGUCACUAUAUAUAUCUAAUCCGCUUGAAGCAGAAAAUCCUUUGUUUCUCAACAACUUGCAAAAUCUUUAUCUCUAUAACUCUCCUUUUAUUGCGGAAAUCAUAAGAAGAACUCCCAAUCUAAAAAAGCUAAAGUUUAUAGAUGAUUCUGAGCAUUCUGAGUGGCCUGCAAUUCUUGAUUCUCUAAUUCUUCUGGAGGAGCUGGAGACGCUACUCAUAACGCGGAAGACUAUUGAUGUGAACAUUUUCUCUGGAGAUAUUUUGCCUUGUAAAAUCAAGAAAAUGACAUUAAGUUCUAAUAUCAAGAAAUUGAUAUUAUCAGGCACUCGUAUACCAUGGGAAGUUGUGAAUUUGCUGGCUAAUUUACCCAAUCUUGAGGUGCUCAAAGGGCAUCGUGCAUUCGAUGGAACAGAUUGGAAAGUAAAUGAAGAUGUUGUGUUUCAUAAAUUAAAAUAUCUACAAAUUGUUGACAUAGGUCUGGAAAGGUGGGAAUUAGCAGCUGGUAGUGAUAAUUUUCCUAUGCUUGAGCGACUAAUACUUUAUUGGUUGCAUACAUUGGAGGAGAUUCCGGAGAGUAUUGGAGAUAUAAUGACACUAAAAUUCAUCCAAAUAAAAUGGUGCGGCUCUGGUGUAAUAAAUAGUGCAAAGAGAAUUCAACAAGAGCAAGAGAGCUUGGGAAAUUAUGAGCUUCAAUUUCAAAUUACUCCAAAGGUAUCUUCAUUUCCGGCUAAAAAGGCUGGACGUAUCAAAGGAACAUUUUAUUAA